AUGCGAUUUCUUUCGGUAAAAUAUGUGGUUUGGUCAGCCAAUAAUGAAAACGCCGCUUUGAUUUCAAAGUCUGCCGUGAUUCUCGUCAAUCGCCGCCUUGAGGUACUCUACACUGUGACGAAUCUGUUCAUGUCGCAAACGCGGAUGUUGGGGUGGAAACGAAGCUUCGGGUACACCCACAAGCUAAUCACCAUCAAGUAUGCAUUGGUCGCUGGCGAUAGUGGAAUCGUGAGAACUUUGGAUGUGCCACUUUAUCUUCUGGCCACCAAAAACAAUUCAACCUGUUUUGCUUGCAAUCGUGAAGCUCAACCCGUAGAAGUUCCAAUUGAUGCAACUGAAUACCGCUUCAAGUUGGCUUUGAUCAAUCGCCGAAUUGAUGAAGUGCUUAACACCGUGAAAUCUGCUAAUCUUGUUGGACACCAAUCAUUGGCUAUUUGGAAAAAGAAGGGUAUCCUGAGAUUGGAAAUUCACUUUCAGAAAGACGAAAAGACUCGCUUUGGUUUGGCUCUUAAGUGUGGCAAUCUUGACGUGGCUUUGGAAACAGCAAAGGUUAUGGAUGAAAAACCAAUCUGGGGAGCACUUCUUGGUGAAGCUGCCGUGAUGCAUGGCAACCACCAGAUUGUUAGAAAGAAAACUGGGAGUUUCGGAACGCCUCGCCUUUCUUACCUUGUGCCACGGAAACACUCGAGGAAGCUCUCAAAAAUGAUGCGCAUUGCUGAAAUUGAGAAAAGAUGCCCAUGGUCAUUCCCACAACGGCUCUCCUAUCUCGGUGACGGAAAGCAGCCGAACAAAAGGUAUAUGGAAGGAUUGUUCUACACG